AUGAACCAUCUUUUACUGGAGAGGUAUGUGGGGAGUGCUAAUCAGCACGUUGUAAUGGGAGAGUUUAUUAAAGGGAGGGAGUGUGUUAUUUCUGCUGGGUGUGACCGGAUAAUUUUAUAUGAGGUUGCAGGAGGGGUUCUUGUGAAGAUAAAAGAGAAAAGAGUGUUCGGGUGCAUUCUUGGGCUGGCAGGGAUUCCUUCACAGGGAGAGGAGGCAGAUUCCGUUCUCGUGCAUUUUGAGCAUGCGAGGGUGUCCGCGGUUAUUUUUGAUGUGGACCAGAAUGAGUUUGUGUGCCGUGCACUGCGAUUUUAUGAGAAGCAGCAGUACGGGUUCUUCUCUGGGUCUGAGAAGCACACCUCGUUUAUUCGAGUGGAUGAAGAGCACGGGGUCUCAUUCCUGCAGAUUUCGAACACGCACUUUGCGAUAUUCUCAUCAAAGGAAGUCGGGAGGAGCAAGGUGUUUGAGAUGCAGAAUAUUCGGCCAAGGCACUGUGCAAUAAAAGAUGCCAUAUUCCUACGGGGGUACUCCUCACCGACACUGUGCUUUUUAUUUGAGGACACGGUCGCUGAUCGGUCGAGGAUUCUUGUGUACAUUCUGAAUGAGGAGAGUGAACUCUCCUUUUUCUUUGAGGUGGAAUCAGUCCCACACGGGUGCUACUUGCUCGCAGCCACGCAUGAGAUGGCAUUUAUGGUGCUUGGUGCGUGCGGUGCUUUGUUUUAUACGCAGUGGGAGAUGCUCGGCGUGCGGUUUAAUGAGUUCUGGUCAUUUGAGGUGCUUGGGAUAGAGGAGAAGUUCUUAAAGGAGCAGAACUUUAUGGUUGAGAAUGGGAUGUGUAUCGUAAAGGACAGGGACGUAUUCCUGUUCUCAGAUGGGAUAUUCCUGCGGUUUACGAUACUUGGGGGUAAUUCAAGGAUAUCGAGUGUAGUGGCAGAGAAAAUAGAGCUUCCGAUAGGGUACAACCGGCCGUACUCUACUGCUGUGUAUAAGAACCAUGCAUGCAUAAGUACAGCAGAAGGCUUAUUCCUGGUGACAUUCACGCCUGAUGCCGUGGUAGAGGAGAAACAAGUAAAGCCUGAAAGAAGCACUGCCACGCAGGAGUAUGCAGAUAUUUUCCUGGGCAGCACGGAGAUGGCGAGUCAGACACCACCACACUCCGACUCAGAUGAGAAAGAGUCGGACUUAUUAAGUACGGCCACUCACCCCAGGAGCACUGCCGUCCGGGACAGAAAGCACAAUCGGAGCACCCGGAGUACGCCAGAACCCGAGAAGGACAGGAAGUACGAAUCAGAAUUUGAACGGGAGUACGAGAACAUGUUCAAAAUGGCAGGGGAAACAGAAAAGAAGAGUGAAAUAAUCAGAGAAGCCACGAUCACCAAUAAAAUAGUUAUUCUACAGACGAUCCCGUCCCUGGGUGAGAUAUUCAGCAUAGAACCACUCCCUCUGAUGAAUAAGACGUACAAGUACUUAAUAUCAGCAGGGUCAUUUGGCCAGCCGCUUCUUAUAGUGUGCAAGGAUGGAGUGGACAUCCUGUGCUCACAGACAGCUAAAAUAACCGGAUACUCCGACCUGUUCGUGGUGGACACAGCGAGUCAGUUAUACUUAGUAACAAACCAUGCGGAGAGUACGAUCGUUAAAUGGGACACGGAUAUAAACCAGGUGGACUCGGAAUUAUCCAAUAAUAAAACCAUCCUGUUCAAGCCGUUAAUGUCCACCACGGGAUACAUCCAGGUAACCACGCACGAGAUAGUUUACAUAACGAAAGAGUUCAAGAAGAAGAAAGAGUUCACCCUCCCAGAGCGAAUAACCCAGGCAGUGUACGCAUCCACUGAGAAAGUCUUUGUACUCACAGAGACCGGGUUAAUCUACCAGUACACAGGAGGCAGAAAGUUGAAAUUAUCCGUAACCGGGGCAUGUGCAAUUUCUGUGCAUGCGAGUGUCCUGUACAUCUGCACGGACGGUGGAAGUCUCCUCAUGUACUCAAUCCCGGAUAAGUCGGUCUAUUUAGAGUGUAAGAUAUUCUCGGUGUUCCCUUCAGUCGUCAGGGAGGAGAAAGAGUCAGUGGAUGUAAACCCUAAGCACAGACAGAAAGUCCUGAACAUCCUGGUUAUGGAGCAGUUCUCUAAGAUAUACUUGCUCGUACAGACAAAGAAUAAUGAAAUAAUCCUGUACACAGUGCGUGAUCGAGUCCUUUAUAAGGAACCGGUCACUAAUAAUGCAUUUUAUUAUGAACGAUCGGAUCCGGGGCAUGUACAGAACUUCGGCCGUAUCCGUAUGUGCGAUAAUUUAGUAUUUAUACCUGGUCAUUAUAAGACACGGAUACUUAUAUUCACUGAGUAUACGCACUGUAUACAUACGACUAACAUAAGGAUAGAUUCAAUUGAAGAAAUAACGGAGAACAGCAACAGUACACGCUCAUUUAUUGUUAUGGCAAAGGGGAGUAUAGCCAAGGGGAACCUUCCCGUGUACUCGUACGAUAAGUCUGUCCUGUACAGGAAGACGAAGGUGGACAGUAUAUGCGAGAAAAUAUCGUACUCUAAGGCUAAGAAAGUGAUUGUUGCUGCUACGUAUAAGAAUAAUCCGUAUACGGAGGAUAUGAUACCAUUUACAGUGCAGGCCACAACUGAAUUAGAUGCAGAACUGGUACCUGCCCCUGUUAUCCCUAAAAUAUCUGUUAAUCCACUGACUAGGGCGUACUCCUUAAAGAUAUACUCGCAUGAGGAGAUGAAAGUGUGCAGUAGGACAGAGGGUGUCCUUAUGGCAGUGGAUGAGUACCGACUGGAGAACAAUGAGUACAUUGCGUAUCAUAAGAUCGUAACACUCCCUGAUAAGCAGAACACAGAAGGAUUCUCUGAGUUCGUGAUCGUAUGCACUACGUACAUCACGGAUGAAGACCUCAUGGCACGCGGCAGACUGAUCGUCCUGGAAAUUGCAUCAGUGGUACCGCAGAGGGACAGGAUCGAGACACGGCAUAAGUUAAAGGCACUUGCAGCAGAGAAAACAAAAGGUGCCACGACAUGCUGUGAUAUCGUAAAGGGGAAUAUUGUAGUGUGCGUUGGUACUAAGCUUAUGAUAUACAUGUUCGACAGGAAUGAGGGACUCAGGGCAGUCGCAUUCCAUGACAUACACGUGUUCCUUACGUCAUGCAUGGUCAUGCGGAACAUUAUCGUGUGCGGUGAUGCUUAUAAAGGGACUUUCUUACUGUUUUAUCAGAGCGAUCCACCACUCCUGCACAUGCUAUCACAGAGCAGUGGUGGCGUAUACCUCCUUAAAGGGAUCGGGAUGACCCUGCAUGAUACUGCACUGAGCCUUAUUUCAUACGACUCCUUAAAGACCGUGUGUAUAUACACGUACUCACCACAGCAUAUUCUGUCACAGGAUGGGAGUCGGCUGAUAUCCCGUGGUGAGUGUAAGCUACCUGAUGAUAUUGCUGGGUCGUUCCUGAUUGAGAAGAAGGGUGUCUACAGGACUGCGCUGUAUACGAAGCAUGGGUAUGUGUACUCGCAUAAAACAGUUGUGCAGACCAAGUACAUUGCGCUUUUAGACCUACAGCAUGCCGUGGAGUCAGCGCACUGGAUGACCCUGGGGACUAAUCCACGGUCGCACUGGGUGACUGAGCGAUCGGCUGAGAUGAAGGACAUCACCCUGAAGGAAAUCCUACAGACUGGUCUUAUGGAAGAAUUCUUCAACAUGUGCACGGUCCAGUCGGAUCGGAUCGUGGCUGACACGGGCCGGGCAUCUGCGGAUGUGGUAAAGACAGAGCUGUGCUUCUAUCAGAUACCUACAUAAAUCCGGGUUAUGUCGGGUUAUCCAUAAUAAAUAGUGCACAAUACGUAAUAAAUAAUGAAC